AUGCAGGUCGUCCAGUACAGAGCGGAUGAUAGCGGGUAUCAUCCAGUGAUAUCCUACAGUGGUGUGGCUCGUUACCCCGUGUACAGCCCGAAUGAUUACACCCCAGGGCACGUGUACACCCCAGGACCUGUGUACACCCCAGGACCCGUGUACACCCCAGGACCUGUGUACACCCCAGAGCACGUGUACAUCCCAGGACCUGUGUACACCCCAGGACCCGUGUACACCCCAGGACCUGUGUACACCCCAGAGCACGUGUACAUCCCAGGACCUGUGUACACCCCAGGACCCGUGUACACCCCAGGACCCGUGUACACCCCAGGACCGUACACGCCCUCCCCCUCACCCCCGUACAAAGCCCCAAUCACCCCAUACAAACCUCUCUAUGUUGACCCCGAAGAUGAGAUGAGGUUGACCCCAGAGAGUAAGACGACCCCAGGAACCCCUAAAUCGACCCCAGAAACACCUAAAUCGACCCCAGAAACCCCUAAAUCGACCCCAGAAACACCCAAAUCAACCCCAGGAACCCCUAAAUCGACCCCAGUUCCCCACAACCCUCCCCACCCUACACAGCCUCACCCCUACCUCAAGCCUUUCCCUCGACCCCCUCACCACCAGCCUGUACAACCUUCCAGCCUACACCGACCUGCCUCUUCAACCCCCCUACACCCCAGUUACCCCCAGAGAACCCAUGGGGGAGUGUAUUUUCCCCAGCCUACAUAUAAACCUUUCCCCAAGAAAUUUGCCCAUUUGAGAAUCUAA